UGUUUGAACAUAGAAGUUUCCAGUUUUGAAGGUCAACCACCACCCAAAAGAGAAAGAGUCACAAUGAGAGGGCAGUACUGUUCCAGUGGAGUAUUUUUGGUACUGCUUACCAUCUUUGGUGUGAGCAGUGCUCAACUUCCCAAGUUGAUGCCACAAGAAUUUCCGAAGGAUUUCAUUAUUCAUGUUGAUAGGGGCUCUAGCAACAGUGACACAAAUGGAACAAGAUGGGCAGUUCUAGUUGCUGGGUCUAUGGGUUAUGGAAACUAUAGGCAUCAGGCUGAUGUGUGUCACGCAUAUCAAAUUUUGAAGAAAGGUGGACUGAAAGAUGAAAACAUCAUUGUUUUCAUGUACGAUGACAUUGCAAACAACCCUGAGAAUCCAAGGCCUGGUGUCAUCAUCAACAAGCCCGACGGCGAUGACGUCUACCAUGGAGUUCCCAAGGAUUACGCAGGAGAGAAUGCUACUGCUGCUAAUCUUUAUGCUGUCAUUCUUGGAGAUAAAUCUAAUCUCUCUGGGGGUAGUGGCAAGGUUCUGAACAGCGGGCCAAACGACAAUGUCUUUAUCUAUUACACCGACCAUGGCGGGCCUGGGAUAGUCGGGAUGCCUGAAGGCGAUUUCGUCUAUGCCAAUGAUCUGGUUGAUGUUCUGAUAAAGAAGCAUGAAGCUAAUGCAUACAAAAAUAUGGUAUUUUACCUUGAAGCUUGUGAAUCCGGGAGUAUGUUCGAGGGUCUACUGCCGACAAAUAUAAGCAUCUAUGCAACCACAGCAUCAAAUGCAACUGAGAAUAGUUGGGGAACGUACUGCCCUGAUAUGACUCCUCCCCCACCUCCUGAAUAUGACACUUGCUUGGGUGAUUUGUAUAGUAUUUCUUGGAUGGAGGACUGUGACUUACAAGAUUUGCGCCAAGAGUCUCUGGAAGAGCAAUAUCAAUCGGUUAAAUGGAGAACAGUAAACAAUACUUAUGGUUCUCAUGUUAUGCAAUAUGGAAAUAUGUAUCAAACCUCAGAUUUAGUAUCCUUUUACUUGGGUGCAAAUGAUAACUCUUCCUCCAUUGAAAGCAAAUCGCCAGAGUCAAUCUUAGAAGUUGUUGACAAUCGCGAUGCAGAUCUUCUUCAUCUUUGGCACAAGUUCCAACGCGCACCCGCUGGCUCUGAAAUGAAGCAGGAAGCUAAAAGGGUCCUAGAUGAUGAAAUUUCAAGUAGGCAGCGCAUUGACCACAACAUAAACCAAAUCGAACAACUUGUGUUGGGAUAUUCAAGUAACUCUGUUCGUCCUGGGGGGCAAGCUCUUGUUGAUGAUUGGGACUGCUUUAAGACAGUCGUGAAAACUUAUGAGAAACAUUGUGGGUCGUUGUCAAAUUAUGGUAUGAAACACACACGAGUUUUUGCCAACAUGUGCAAUGCUGGGAUCAGCGUGGAGCAAGUGGUUGCUGCAUCGGCUCGAACUUGCUAGACUGCACUUUUCAUUGCCUUCUUUUUUCUUUUGAAAGAAAAUAAUGUGGGAUGGUUCUAAUUAGACCUCCAAAUAUCAAAGUCUGGAUUAUUUAAAUGAUAAAGUGAUGGGCUAGCUAUUGGGCUAGAAUCAUCAAACGUCCACCUUUCUUUAUAAUAUUUUUUUUGUCACGUAUAUCAAGUAUUAAUCUUCUCAUGCAAUUAAGGUUUUUACAUGUUUAAAUGGUAAAUGUUAUGGACCAGA